CCUAAUGGUGAUCUUGGUGAAAAAUUUUCGAAAAUUACUCGCAAAACAAGCAAAAUUGAGAAGGCUCAUUCAAAUUCAGACCACAGCAGUUCAAAUUCAGAAGUUACAGAUGAACCUCUCUCAGAUGAUUCUGAUGAUGAUUUCGAGGUAAAGGCUAAAGGUAAAAAGAGUCCAUAUCCUAUUCCAGAAUUAUCAGAUGGAUCUUUUGAGACACCAAUAAGUUCAGAAUCCGAGACUUUUGAAAAUAAAAAAAUUUCAAAUGCUCCAAACGAGAAAAGUACUACAGACAAAUCUGAAUCAGACAAUGACGAGGAACCUAUAUCGUCUGAAAGCGACGUUUACAAAGAAGUUGAAGAAGUUCAAAAUUUCAAAGAAAUUUCCAACCCUGCUAUGCCCAAAAAGAAUAAUGUUGAUAGCGAUGAUGACGAUAGUUGGAUCAUACGUCCAAAAAAGGAAAUACAGAAGAACAAACUUGAAAUUAUUGCUGAAAAAUGCGAAAAGAGAUUAAACAGAGUGAGAAAUUUAAGUCAGGCUUUACCAAAAUUUGAUGAAGAUGAUUUGGAAAGUCCUUUGUCGGAAGAUGACUAA